AGUCACCCCUUGCACAAUCAGCGUCGCCAUGGAGACGGAGGAAAUCAGAGCGGCACACCUGCCGCCCAUCAGCGCCUCGUGCCAAACGGCUAUAAAAGCCGCUGGCAAUCGCAGGAAGGUGAGCAACGUCUCCAGAGCACAGAGAUCACACUCAAGCUUUGUUCUUGUGGUUUUUUUCCAGACUCGGACGAUUGAGCGAACGACCGGAAGGAACGCCCAUCCCGCCCCGCUACUCGCAGCAACUGGACAGGCCGGCCCAACGACUCAUACCCUCCUUGGCUCUGGAGAGUAACAAAUCCGAUGAUAGGAUUGACCCGGCUCCCCAACCCUGUACUUCUUUCGUCUCCUCCGGGAGGCUAUCAAUAAACUUACCCUCCGGGGUCAUACUCUUUACCUACUGUGUACGUGUCGUUGCUCUGCCUGUCACACUGGUGGAGAAUGCGGGCAUAACGACGACCCCGUGUACGUACCCCGGACAUUAUUAUUAUUAUUAUUAUUUAUUUAUUUUUUUUUUGUGUAUUUUUUCCCCCCUGUUUUGUCACGCAGGACGCCCAUUGCUCUCUCUCUCUCUCUCUCUACUGGUGUAAGCUAUGAUGGAGGAUGUCGUCAGGCGCCUAGCAGAAGUAGUGGUCCGCCAACAGCGAUUCUCGGAACAGCUGGCCCAACGCCAGGAGCAGACCGACCAAGUCGUGGGAUUGCUGAGGGAAAGCGCGGCUGCCCGAGUGCCACUGCCAGAUGCCCGAUCCACAGCCCAUCAACUGAUGACCAAACUCACGGCCCAGGAUGAUAUCGAAGCCUACCUCCACACCUUCGAGGUUAUCGCUACUCGGGAAGCCUGGGACAAAGCAGAGUGGGCGAAGAUCCUGGCCCCCUUCCUGACUGGUGAGGCCCAAAGGGCAUAUGUAGCACUACAGCCGCUGGCCAGUGAGGAUUACGACGCCCUAAAAAGGGAAAUCCUGGCCCGCCUCGGCCUCUCCCCCAUCAGCGCGGCUCAGCAAUUUCAUCAAUGGUCGUACGAAGACCAAGUGCCGGUGCGGGCCCAAGCAGCCAGACUGUCCCGGCUAGGACAAUUAUGGCUGCUAGCGGGAGAACCUUCGGCCUCUCAGGUGGCCGAACGGGUGGUGGUCGACCGGCUACUAAGAGCUCUUCCCCGGCGUUGUCGAACGACGGUAGGCAUGAAAGGUCCCACCACCCUCCGCGAGGUCGUGGAGGCGGUGGAACUGGCCGAGGCCUCGGCAGCCCGAGAUACAGGAGAGAGAGCUUGGGCGCCGCCCCGGAGGGUAAACCCGGCUUGGCGACCACAGGAGGGCACUUCGAGGCCAGUACCCAGACCCGCAGCGGCCACACCACCGGACGAACCGAUGCCCACCGAGCCCUCAUCCCACGGACCCCCCGCUUGGCUGGCGGGUUGUGCGGUACACCAGGCUGUCCCGUCUGGGGCGCCCCGACGGACAGUCCGUGUGGAGGGACGGCCAGUAACCGCCACAUUGGACUCCGGGAGUUCCGUCACGCUGGUCCAGCCCGGGGUUGUGCAGCCCCGCGCCGGGGGAAGGUCCUCCAUCCCGAUCACCUGCGUCCACGGGGACACCCGGAACGUGCCGGCUCGCCAGGUAACGGUGGCCGCCGGCCCGGGGUCGUGGACGCUGGAGAUCGGGAUCGUGGACGACCUACCGGUGCCAAUGUUAUUAGGGCGCGACUGGCCCGGGUUCGACCAGCUGCUGGCUAGCACCGUGCGACCCGCCAGCCGAGAACUUCGAGGGCGGAAGGCGCGGUCCCGGAAGGAACGGAGGCCCCGACCCGUCCUCCUCGCGACGGAGAGUGAGAAAGAGGGUGAGUCCCGAGACACUAACCUGUUUGCCACCUUGUUUCAACAGAUAACUAGUGGCGGCUCGUUCGGACGGGAGCAGCGGGAGGAUACCCGACUGCGGAAUUGCUGGACCCAGGUUAGGGUCAUCGACGGGGAGGACCGUCAACCCACCCCACAUCCCCUGCCCCACUUCGUGAUAAAACGCGGGCUGUUGUACUGUGCGGCCACGAGGCGGGGGGAGGAGAAGCUUCUGCUGGUGGUCCCCGCGACCAAGACCGCGACGAUCAUGGAGCUGGCCCAUACCCACCCUAUGGCGGGGCACUUGGCUGCAGCAAACACCAUCCAACGGAUUCGCGACCGGUUCCACUGGCCAGGCCUCGAGGGAGAGGUGAAACGGUUCUGCCAAGGCUGCCCUACCUGCCAGCUGACGUCACCCCAACGUCCUCCCCCCAGCCCCCUCAUCCCUCUACCGGUAAUCGAAGUGCCCUUCGAACGCAUCGGGAUGGACCUGGUGGGGCCGCUACCGAAGUCUGCCCGGGGCCAUGAAUACAUCUUGGUGAUCCUGGACUAUGCUACACGGUAUCCGGAAGCCCUGCCCCUGCGGAAGGCCACGUCCAAAGCCAUCGCCAAAGAACUCUUCCUGAUGUUUAGCCGCGUAGGCAUACCCAGGGAGGUGCUGACUGACCAGGGUACCCCGUUCAUGUCUCGGCUGAUGGCGGACCUCUGCCACCUACUUCAGGUGAGACAGCUGCGGACAUCCAUCUACCACCCCCAAACCGAUGGACUGGUUGAGAGGUUCAAUCAGACCCUGAAGAGGAUGCUCCGUCGAGUGGUGGCAGAGGACGGGCGCGACUGGGACCUUCUACUGCCCUACGUGCUCUUCGGUGUUCGAGAAGUGCCCCAGGCAUCUACCGGUUUCACCCCGUUUGAGCUCCUCUUCGGCCGGCAGCCUCGAGGGCUGCUGGAUGUGCCCGGGAUGCCUGGGAACAACAACCAGCCCCACACCAGCCUGAUCGAGCACGUCCAACAGAUGCAAGAUCGCAUAGAUCGGGUGAUGCCGAUAGUGAAGGAACACCUCGUCGAGGCCCAGCGCGCCCAAAAACGGUGGUAUGACCGGCCCGCCCAACCGAGGGAAUUCCAGCCUGGAGAUCGAGUGUUGGUCCUGACCUCCACAGCCACCUCUAAAUUCCUGGCCUCCUGGAAAGGACCCUACACCGUUGUGGAGAAGGUAGGGCCAGUCAACUACCGGGUCCGUCAGCCGGGACGGAGACGGGAGGAGCAGCUGUACCACGUCAACUUGUUAAAGAAAUGGGUCGCCACCCCAGCCCAGAUGGCCGCGUUCGCCCUGGAUAACCCGCCAGUGAUCCAGAUGGGAGAACAGCUGUCCCCUCUCCAGAAAAAAGAUCUCCACUCCCUGGUCAGUCAGUUCCAGGACGUCUUUUCCCCAAAGCCCGGGCAGACUCGGGUGAUUCAACACGAGGUCCGAACACCACCUGGAGUCGUGGUGAGACAGCGGCCCUACCGGGUGCCAGAGGCUCGUCGGCUGGCUAUAGAGGAGGAGAUCACCAGAAUGCAAGAGUUGGGGGUAAUAGAGCCCUCCCGCAGCCCCUGGUCCAGUCCCAUUGUAAUGGUCCCGAAACCAGACGGCACUCUCCGGUUUUGUAAUGACUUUCGGCGACUCAAUGAGGUGUCCAGCUUCGACAGUUACCCAAUGCCCCGAGUGGAUGAGCUCCUGGACCGGCUGGGGAAAGCCCGCUUCAUCUCCACCCUCGAUCUAACAAAGGGAUAUUGGCAGGUGCCCCUUUCUCCAAAGUCCCGGGAGAAAACCGCAUUUAGCACCCCCUCUGGACACUGGCAGUACACCGUGCUGCCAUUCGGAUUGCAUGGGGCACCUGCCACGUUUCAACGGAUGAUGGACGUCUUGCUGCGGCCCCAUCAAGCCUAUGCAGCCGCAUAUAUAGAUGAUCUAGUCAUCCACUCGGGGUCCUGGGACGACCAUCUGGACAGACUGCGAAGAGUGCUGUCGGACCUUCGGAAGGCAGGCUUGACGGCCAACCCCAAAAAGUGCCACCUCGGACUGGCCGAAGCCCAGUACCUGGGGUAUCGGGUGGGGGGAGGCCUUAUCCAACCCCAGACGAAAAAGGUGGAGGCCGUCCGGGACGCUCCCCGACCCAACAACAAAUCCCAGGUACGCGCCUUCCUGGGGCUAGCGGGGUACUAUCGGUGUUUUAUCCCCAACUUUUCGUCCAUAGCCAGCUCCCUGACCGACCUGACCAGGAAGGGGCAGCCGGAGGAGGUGAAGUGGACCCCGGAAACGGAGCGAUCAUUUCAGGCCCUGAAGAAGACACUGUCGUCCGCACCUGUACUGCAUGCGCCCGAUUUCGGCUGCCCCUUCAUCCUCCAGACCGACGCCUCGGACACCGGCCUGGGAGCGGUGCUAUCGCAGACACCCAACGGAGUGGAGCAUCCGGUGGUGUACAUUAGCCGGAAACUCACACCCGCGGAAAGCCGGUACGCCACCGUGGAGAGGGAGGCCCUGGCUAUAAAGUGGGCAGUCCUGGAGCUGCGAUAUUAUCUUCUGGGACGGAGCUUCUCGUUAGUGACUGACCAUGCCCCGCUCCAGUGGAUGGCGAAAGCCAAAAAUACCAAUGCCCGAGUCACACGAUGGUUCCUAGCUCUCCAGGACUACCACUUCACAGUGAUACACCGGGCCGGGGCCUCCCACGGCAACGCUGACGGUCUGUCGAGGAUGUGGUCAGGAUGGACAACUCGACUCGGACGAUUGAGCGAACGACCGGAAGGAACGCCCAUCCCGCCCCGCUACUCGCAGCAACUGGACAGGCCGGCCCAACGACUCAUACCCUCCUCGGCUCUGGAGAGUAACGGAUCCGAUGAUAGGAUUGACCCGGCUCCCCAACCCUGUAUUUCCUUCGUCUCCUCCAGGAGGCUAUCAAUAAACUUACCCUCCGGGGUCAUACUCUUUACCUACUGUGUACGUGUCGUUGCUCUGCCUGUCACAACUUAA